GCAAACUUCACAGCCCGUCCCUUCUUGCUCCUUAAUCCUGACCGUAGGCAUAACGGUACUCGCGUUCACGUCGACUCAAAACCGCACGCAAGAGUUGGAAAGAACCCCGAGAGCGCACCAUGAAAACUUGUCCAGUCCUCUCGCGUUUUUCGCUACUUUUUGCCGCCUGUUUUCUUUUUGCUUCUAUUUUUGCAGUGGACGGUGAAGUGUGUGAGGUGAACGUGUGUCUGAAUGGAGGGACAUGUGUGAGCAGCGAGGGGAAAGAUCGCUUCAAGUGUAUCUGCAUGGACGGCUUCACUGGUGAAAAGUGCAACGAGACAGAGACUGGGCUGUGUCAUCCAAACCCCUGCAAAAAUGAUGGCAUAUGUGAGAUGGACAGCUCGCAGAGAGGAGAUGUAUUUACUGGAUAUGUUUGCAGGUGCCCAAAAGGCUUCAGUGGCAGCCACUGCCAGCACAAUGUGAAUUACUGUCUGAGUCAGCCAUGUCAAAAUGGAGGUCAGUGUCGGGAUCUUGAUGGUGGUUUCAGCUGCAAAUGCCCUUCACCUUAUGUUGGGAAGCACUGCCAACUGCGCUGCAUCUCUCUGUUGGGAAUGGAAGGUGGUGGCAUCGCCGAGUCUCAAAUCACCGCCUCCUCCAUCUACUAUGGCAUUCUGGGAUUGCAGCGCUGGGGCCCCGAGCUGGCCCGGCUUAACAACAAAGGCCUGGUGAAUGCAUGGACUUCAGCUUCACAUGACAAGAACCCCUGGAUUGAGAUCAAGAUGCAGAGGAAGAUGCGUCUCACUGGCAUCAUAACCCAAGGUGCCAGCCGCAUGGGCACCGCUGAGUACAUCAAAGCCUUCAAGGUGGCAUCCAGUUUAGAUGGACACACAUAUACCAUGUACAGAGGCAAGGACCAGAAGGACAAAAUUUUUGUUGGAAAUAUGGACAAUGAUGGGACAAAGACCAACAUAUUUGACCCACCCAUAAUCGCUCAGUACAUCCGGAUUCUGCCUGUAGUGUGCCACAGUGCCUGCACUCUCAGAAUGGAGCUGGUGGGCUGCGAACUGAACGGUUGCUCAGAGCCUCUGGGCUUUAAGUCGCGGCUGAUCAGCGAUGCCCAGCUGUCUGCCUCCAGCUCUUUCUGCACAUGGGGCAUCGAGGCAUUCACCUGGCAUCCGCACUAUGCCCGUCUGGACAAACAGGGCAAGACCAAUGCCUGGACAGCUGCCACCAACAGCAGAGACGAAUGGCUGCAGGUGGACCUGCUAUCCCCUAAGCGCAUCUCGGGCAUCAUUACUCAGGGAGCCAAGGACUUUGGGACGGUACAGUUCGUUUCGGCCUACAAAGUGGCUUACAGUGAUGAUGGCCAGUACUGGACUGUGGUGAAGAACGACAAAACAAAAACAGAUGAGAUCUUCCCUGGCAACAGUGAUAACAACGUGCACAAAAAGAAUGUGUUUGAACCGCCUUUCUAUGCCCGAUUUGUUCGGAUCCUCCCGUGGGUGUGGCAUGAACGAAUCACCCUGCGAAUGGAGCUGCUGGGCUGUGAUGAGUAAUGCUCCACCCCCUAGCCCCACUUCACCUCCCACUGUCCCUUCCACUGUCCCUCCUUCCUGAGCCACUUAUGCACUGCCUUGCUCACAGCACCAGAUGGCGGUAAUACCACAUAGUCCUGCCCAGCAGCUGAUCCCAGCAUACCAGGCUUUGGGGGUAUCUCACAUUAAGAAGGAAAUAAUAAUAAUAAUAAUAAUAAUAAUAAUUCUGCAAUGAAAACUCUGUACCUCUUUUGUUCAUGAUGUAGGGAGAUUUUGCCAAACAAAACAACUGAAAAAAGAAAUGAUAGUGUAAGAUGUAAUUCAGAAUUGCUUAGUAUUACAUGAUUAGAGUAGAUUGAAUAUGUUCCUAUGAGACUACAGUGCUCUUAAGAGAUUAUAUUACCCCAGCAUUUAAUGUUUAUGAUUAUUUGCAUAGAGUGAUGUAUAUAAAGCCCAAGUUAAUAAUUAUACAGAAGGAAAAAAAAAUGUAUUUUGUUAAAAUAUUUGUUAACUGGUUAAUUAGUUGGUUGUAAAAGCAUUGUCCAGAUGCAGUCUUUUUAUUUGGUAAGUGAUGCAGUCUCUGAGUAGUUCAUAGCAAGACCUGAUCGUGAGCAUGACUUUUUAAAUGGUUGUAAAAAGUUUUUGUCAAGGUUUUUUAAAUGUUGACCUCCAUAUUUCAUACUUUUUAAAAAGUUUCCAAAGAAACCUUUUUUUAAAAAGUCAUUUGGCUUUUUUUUUUGUGAAACUAAGUUCUCAACAAAAUACCAAACAAAAAGUUCAGUCAACACAAAACGUAGCUUAAAGUGUAACAAAGGAGCAGCAGUAUAUCAAUUGCUGAGCAUUAGUGCUUUGGCCAUACACUGCCACGGAUAUUUCUCAGGUAGAGGAGAAUCGAAUGCAAUGUGCUACUGAUUUUUAAUUUUUUUUAACAACACAAAUUAUUCUAAAAUAAACUCAUUUUUGAAUAUUGUCAUUUCAUAAGCCAAAGUAAUCUCAUCUUUCCAUGUGAAUUGGGUGAAGCAGAAAAUGUGUCCUAGCCCUGUUUUUUACAUUACCUAUUCAGCCAAAUGCAUCAUAUGUAAUAUAUUCAGUGAUUAGCUGGGUCAAUAGGGUUUGAAUUUUUUAGUGGUCUAGCAGCAAUUGAAAUGCUCCUAUUAUAAAAACAUAUGUGAUCUUCCCCAACAAGGGGGAGAAAAUCUAAUUUAGAAUGAUUGCUACGGUUACACUGAGGCGCUGACAUAACUCCUCCCCAAUCUACAUAAUGCUCUCACAGUGCCAUGCUCUGAUUCCUUCCCCAACAACUUUUAUAUGAAUUAUGUAUUUUGGGCUUGUGCAAUAUGAUAUGAGCAUUAAUAUUAAUGAAAAAUAUAAAUGGAACAUUUUUAGUAAAAAGUAUUUUCUCCAUUGCUUACAGAUGAAGAUUUAAACAUGCUGGUUGGUAGUAAGAAACACUGAAUAAUAUAUUAUGCAGUGGUUGUGUACUACAUUUAAAAGCCAUCUCUGGAAUUCAUCAUCAGUGUUGGCAAAUGAUUUUCAGUGGUUUUGUACUCCACUGUGAAAAGAUAGCAACUUUGUAAUUCCUAUUCAGUAUGUUCUCUGUUCUGUCUUGUAUUCUCUGAGGUUUCUUUUUUUUGACAAGUUUCCAAACUUGUAUGUAACAUUCUUCGAUUUCACUUGAGUGUAUCUUUUUGAAAUAUUUUUUGUUUUUACUAACUGAAAACAAAUAAACAACCCGAAUCAAUAAUGUG